UAGACAUAGAGAGGAUGCCAGCAGUCUCUCCGACUCUGUUGGCUGUACUGACUAUAGGAGUGGUGGCCCUAAUACUGGGGAUUCUCAUCGUGACGGCAAGCUCGUAUACUAUUCCUCCCAUAUCUGAAGAAAACAAAAUCAAAUUAAAUAUAUUAAAACAAUUUACGGAAAAUCGUUAUUCCGGUCGCGACGACCAUAUCGUCAGCCGUAUUAAUGAAGGCGUGAGCACUCAUCUGCUUAGAGAGAACUUAAAAUUGUUAUCUUCAGAACCACACUUAGCGGGAAGUGUUCGCGACAAACAAUUGGCAGACAUAAUAAAGGAUCGAUUUGUGUCAUACGGUUUGGAUCGGGCAUAUCUGGUGCCGUAUAAUGUGUUACUUUCCUACUCUAAUACCACACAUCCAAACAAAGUGUCUAUCAUUGAUGUCAGAGACGGCUCCUCUUCUUUCGAGUCUCAACACAGAGAAAUCCCUCUCAGAGAAGAAGACGGAGACUUUGUUGACUCCUAUAAUAGUUUUGCUCCCAAAGCAGAUGUCAUCGGAGACCCAGUAUUUUGUAAUUACGGCCGACAAACAGAUUUUGAUUUAUUGCAAAAUUACGCUAAAAUCGAUCUCAAAGGGAAGAUCUGUAUUAUUAGAUACGGAAAAAUAUUUAGAGGAAACAAAUGCGAUAACGCAGCGCAGAGAGGAUGUAUUGGAGUAAUACUGUAUUCAGAUCCUCUUGAGAUGGCCAGAGAGGGGGUCAGACAAGAGGAUCUUUAUCCCAAUAGUUGGUGGAUGAAUGGCAAAGCCAUGCAAAGAGGAAACCUCAGGACUAGUAUGGGCGACGCAUUGACACAGGGAUUCCCGGCAUUAGUCGAGGGUGCAUUCCAGUACGGGCUUAACGACAUAGAUCUGCCCAAAAUCCCGACCCAACCAAUCGGAUACGACGACGCGCUACAGAUCCUGAAAUUAAUGGGUGGUAUACCUGUGCCCAACGCUCCCCACUUUGGCGACUGGAAUGGAGGGCUUAACAUAACAUACAGAUUGGGGCCGGCAUUCAACAGCGCUAAUGUGCAAAAAAAAUUACGGCUCGUUGUUAAUAAUGUGAUGCAAACGAAAAUUAUUUAUAAUGUAAUUGGAAUUCUGGACGGAUCUGUAGAGGAGGAUCGCUAUGUUAUAUUAGGUAAUCAUAGGGAUGCCUGGGGUUUGGGUGCUAUGGACGCCGCCAGCGGUACCACUGCCCUCCUGGAAGUGGCCCGACUUUUUGGCCGCAUUCACAACGACACCGAUUGGAGACCCAGAAGGACAGUAGUGUUCGCGAGUUGGACUGGAGAGGAGUUGGGUCUCAUUGGGUCCACUGAAUGGGUCGAAGAGCACAUUCAUCUAUUGUCUCAAAAAGCUGUCGCGUAUAUCAAUGUCGACACUUGUAUUAAGGGUCCGAAUCUGAGUCCUGACGCCUCGCCCUCUCUAAUGGAAAUUCUACGCGAAGUCACAGAAUAUAUUCCGUUUAGAAAUACUACUCUUUUGAACGAAUGGAUUGAAUAUCAGGAAUACAUUAGUGGAGAGUUAGAUAAACCCAAAAUCCAGACCCUGGGUUCGGGCACAGAUCACGCCCCCUUCGCAUUCUUCGCUGGCAUUCCCGCCAUCAAUAUUGAGUUCACAUUUGAUAAGAAAAAAUAUCCGAUAAGUGGUUAUCCGGCUUAUCAUACGGGAUACGAGACUUUUUAUUUGGUCGACAAAUUCAUUGAUCCCGACUUUUCACUACAUAAGACGUGUUCGCAAUUGUUGGGAGUAUUAUUGCACGCUAUCUCUGGCUCUACACUAAUACCGUACAGAAUCGAUGAAUUGGCGAAUAGAGUGCAAACAGAUUACAAAAACAUGUGGAAAAGAGAUCCAAAUCACGAUCAGUUCAUAUCGAAAACCGACUUCAUUUACGACAAUAAGCCAUUAAUAGAUAUGUUGGAGAAAUCGAUCGCUGCGUUCGUGUCGGCGGCCAAAGAUUGGAGAGAAAUGAUAAGGGAUUUGGAUUUGAAUAAUCCAUUUCUAGUGCGACGAGUGAACGAUGCGGUGAUGGGAGUCGAGCGCGCCUUCAUUAAGCCGGAGGGUCUGCACGAAAGGCCAGAAAUCAAGAAUCUAUUGUACGCUCCGUUUAAAUAUAAUAAAUACUCGACAGUUGUCUUCCCCGGAAUGCUAGACCUCAUGAAGAAAAUCUCAAUCACACAAAGAGCUGAUGUAUCAAAAGUGCCGCAAUUGAGACAAACAUUGCGUCGGCAUAUCUCUGACAUCGCUAUUGCGCUCAGAAGUGCCACUAAUUUACUCAACACAAGCCCUUUA